GGAAAUGAGGCUAUUUUUGUUCGAAGCUGAUACUUCUGCCUGAGCCACAAGUGCAGCUUGGAAAGGGCUCAGGUUGUUUCCAGGGGGAGAACUCUGCAGAGAAGAGACAAAGUUCAACAGGACAACAAAGGAGCAGCAGAAACAGCCAGGAAAACGAAGAGCCCUCACAUUUUCACACAGAACCCCCUAUCAGAGUUCUCAAAUCCUAAAGUAUUCUGCAAAGUGCCACUUGACGGGAACUUUUCACCUGCCUUUUCCUUUCUCCAACCACCAUGACGGAGAUCACUGCUGAAGGAAAUGCGUCUACUACCACCACAGUGAUAGACAGCAAAAAUGGAUCUGUGCCCAAAUCCCCUGGGAAAGUUCUGAAGAGGACAGUCACAGAAGACAUAGUGACAACAUUCAGCUCCCCAGCAGCCUGGCUUCUGGUCAUUGCUCUGAUAAUCACAUGGUCAGCUGUUGCUGUCGUUAUGUUUGACCUAGUGGAUUACAAAAACUUUUCAGCAAGCUCUAUUUCCAAGAUUGGCUCAGAUCCUCUAAAACUUGUACAUGAUGCUGUGGAAGAAACCACCGACUGGGUCUAUGGCUUCUUUUCUUUGUUGUCUGACAUCAUCUCGUCUGAGGGUGAUGAAGAAGAUGAUGAUGAUGGGGAUGAGGACACUGAUAAAGGAGAAAUAGAGGAGCCUCCCUUGAAACAAAAAGAAAUACACAAAGACAAGACUGAAAAGCAGGAGAAACCUGAAAGGAAAAUAGUACCUAAAGUUACACACAAAGAAAAACCAAAAGAAAAAGAAAAAGCUGAAAAGAAAGCAACUCACAAGGAAAAAAUUGAGAAAAAAGAAAAACCAGAAACAAAGACAGUGGCAAAAGAAGAGAGGAAAACAAAGACUGAAGAGAAGAUUAAAAAGGAAGUGAAAGGUGGGAAACAAGAGAAAGUGAAGCAAACAGCCGCAAAAGUCAAAGAAGUACAGAGACCAUCACCUAAGCCCAAGGAGAAGGAGGGAAAAGAGACCGCAGCUGUGUCCAAGCAUGAACAGAAAGAUCAGUAUGCAUUCUGUCGAUAUAUGAUUGACAUGUUUGUCCGUGGGGAUUUAAAACCAGGACAAAGCCCAGCCGUACCACCUCCAUUACCAACAGAACGAGCUUCCAGACCCACUCCGGCAUCACCUACCCCUGAAGAAAAAGAAGAGGAAAAGAAGAAAGCUGAGAAGAAAGUGACUUCUGAAACAAAAAAGAAAGAGAAAGAAGCUGUCAAAAAGAAAACCGACAAGGAAACUGCCGUUGAUGUGAAAAAAAAAGAGCCAGGGAAAGCUCCUGAAACCAAACAAGGGACUACAAAAGUUGCAGCACAAGCAACAGCUAAAAAAGAUGAAAAGAAGGAAGAUUCUAAGAAAACAAAAACAACUAUAGAAGAACAACCCAAGGGAAAAAAACAGGAAAAGAAAGAAAAACAUGUGGAACCAGCAAAGUCAUCAAAGAAGGAACAUUCAGCUCCAAGUGAAAAGCAAAUAAAAGCAAAAACUGAACGAGCCAAAGAAGAGGCUGGUGCUGCCUCAACUAAAAAAGCUGUACCUGGAAAGAAGGAAGAGAAAACAACCAAGACAGUGGAGCAAGAAAUUAAAAAAGAAAAAUCCGGGAAGACUUCCUCAGUUUUGAAGGAUAAAGAACCUGAAAUUAAAAAAGAGGAAAAGAUACCCAAAGCAGGCAAAGAAGUCAAGCCUAAGCCUCCACAGCCACAAGUAAAAAAAGAAGAGAAACCAGAGUCACAAGUAAAAAAGGAACAAAACAGGUAAAAAAUAUUGGCAAAACCGGAAAAGACUGUUUCUCAUGGUAAACCAGAAGAAAAAGUUGUCAAGCAGGUAAAAGCUACUACAAUAGAAAAACCAGUCAAGCUCAAACCAACAAAAAAAGCUGAACAUCAAGAAAAAGAAUCUCCAUCUAUAAAAACAGACAAACCCAAACCAACUACAAAAGAAACAUCAGAAAUCAUAGAAUCAGGGAAGAAGAAAAUUGAAAAACCUGAAAAAGAAAGUAAAGAAAAAACAGAAAUGAAACAUCUUAAAGAAGAAAAAGUCUCAACAAGAAAAGAAAGUCUUCAAUCACACAAUGUGACAAAAGGUAACCUUGAAUCAACUUUAAAACCUGCAAGAGUAUCAAGAGAAGAUCUGGAAGAUGUACCGGCUUCAAAGAAAGCUGAAGAAGCUGAAGAUGUGUAUUCCACAAAGAAGCAAAAAAGCCCCAUCAGUUUCUUCCAAUGUGUCUACUUGGAUGGAUACAAUGGCUAUGGAUUUCAGUUUCCUGUCACUCCUGCGCAUCAUCCCGGAGAGAGCUCUGGCCAACGAAGUUCUCCAGGACAAAAGCAACAAGGACAAUAGAUACACAUGCAUGGCCCUUACAAGUGCUUUGAGACUUCGACGAUAGGACCUAUUGUUUGUCUGCAGUGGCGUAGGCAGUUAAAAUCAUGAAUCUGGGGAGUUUCUCUGAAAAUGUUUUACUCUCCUGCCUGACCUACAGAGAAAGGGUGGGCAAAAGGAUUGAAUGAUAAGCAAACAUGUUGAAAGAUAUGGCGCUCAAGAAUCUGUUAUUUGUGUUUGUUGCUAAGUGUGGAUGCUUAUAUUUUCCUAUUUCUAUUCACUGUAGAGUUGCUUACAAAUUAAAGUUUCCUUAAUAACGAUCUUUUAAAUAUAACUGACACAAUUACAAAAUGGAAUUCCUGAUUCCAGUUAGAUAUAUUCUUACAUGAAAACACAGACUAUGCUUUCAGUUUAAGGAGUACAGGAGCCUACACAAAAGCUACUCUUUAUGAUGUGGAUCUCUAAACGCAAUUUGCCCACUAAGUUGAUGUUUAAUAGUUUAGUUUUACUUAUGUCUCUUUCUAUUUUCGUUGUGGCAAUGCUUUAAGAAUGGGUAAUAGUUGCACCAAAGAGUGCUGUAAGUUCCUUGUGAUGCUCUUUUACACAGAAUUCAAAAUAUCUCUGAACUUUGGACAUGAUAAAAUGAGGUAGAAAUGUCUGAUAAACCUUCUCUCUCAGAUUUGUCUUAAAUUAUAAUUAGGACAUUCACUCCAGUGGAAAUAUACCAUCCAAUUAGGCAGGUCUGGUGAAUCAUUUGUUUGACAUAAAGGCAAAUGAGAUGUAGUAUUUUCAGAUUUCUCCAGACUAUGUCCUAAUGAAAAUGUCAUCUGGAUGAAAUUUUAGUUCAAUGACUAAAUUUUGGUGACAAAUGCAAAGGCAUUUCCUUUCACUUAAAUAGGAUCAUUCUGUACAGUUAAAUGGGUUUUCUUUCUCAAAAAAAAUAUAUAUGUAUAUAAAUGAAUGUCAUCAAAAUUGAAGAACUAUAUUUUAACCAUAAGUGCUUCAUGAGAUGUCUUACUUGUUUUUUCGUUAAGUGGUUAUCAGCACCAAUAGAACAAAUGACAAUUUUUAACUUACUUGAUGAUCACUGGGAAUGACUAUUAUGGCUUUGUCAUCUUUUUGUCUUCUGGUGAUAUGAACACUUAUGUUCUUUACCACAUUUUUCUAUCAACUUUAAAAGUCAUGCCACUGUGACCUUAAUCGUGUUUACAGUUGCCAAUUCAACUUACGACAAAUGAACUCAGGAAAUAAAUUAAGUUAUCCUUUCUGGCAUUAUAAUUACCCUCUGCUGAGGUAGCCAGAGCCAAUACUAGCCAAGUGACUUAUUUUCAACAACUCUCAAGUUCUUUAAGUCUAAUUUAGAACUCUGAUUUACUAAAAUAUUAGGCUAGGGCAUCAGUAACACGUUCAGUAUUAAUAAUGGAUUUUCAGUGACUUCGGUGAAAAGAGUUGGUCUCAGGCACCUGCUGGUAGAUCUAACUCACACCACAAAAGCCAACAUUACAAUGAACCAAGAUUAAUGACACUCUUUCGGGGGGACCUAGAGUGUAUAACUUCAGGACUGACCAGAUGGUAUCAUCUUGCAAAGCUUCUUCAUGUAGCAAUGGAAACUUGUGGAGGGGACAGUUGGUAAAGUUUAUUGCUCAACUGCUCCUACGGCUUCUUCAAUUUAAUGAAGAAGGGAAUAGAGAGCAAAUAUGACAGUUGUUUAGAUUUCAUAGAAUGAUUUAUCCAUUCUUUCAUUCAAUGACUAUGUAUUAAGUACUUACUCUUUCUAGGACACUAUGUUAGGCACUGGACUAUGUAAGAAAAAUACCAGAAAUAAAUUCUGUUCCCAGUGCUAUCUUGACACAAUGUGUGCCCUUGGAAAAUUUACUAAAUAUACUGUGCUUGUUUUCCUAUGUGUGAAAUAGGGAUUUCAAGACAAACAACCUGAUACCUCACAGAUGUACUGUGGACACUGACAACAUAUCUUAAUAUGAAUAUGAUGUCAAAAUAAAUUUCUGAAAUAAUACUUUGGAUGUAGCGCUAAUUUUUCCUCCGAGUGCUUUUCUACAUUGCAUCAUUGCAUCUUUCAUUGUCAUUAUAAAAACUAUUUAAUAAAAAGUAAAAUAUGCCAAUUUAUUGUAAUUGGAGUUUAAACAAACCAGUUAAGAUGUAAACAACGUUAAUAAUAAUUAAAGUUUAUCUGCUUAAAGUUACAAUGAUGAUAGCACUUCAAAAAUACUAACUAAACUCUCAUCUGUUUGUAUGGUUCCAUCAAAUAAAGUGUUUCUAGUCCUUCAAGUUUGUGCUUUACAUUUUAAAGGAAAAGAUAAAUGGUUGGAUUAAAAGUUUUUGUCUUUAAUAGGGAACUCACAAUUCAUGUCAUAUUGGUCAUAAAUAUGUAAGCAUUUAAUAAUUGUUUUAGUUCUCCAUUUUGUCCAAAUGGUAUGAGAUACACACUCUCUCCCACACUUCACUUCUCUUAAUAGAUGAAGAUCUGUAGAAAAUUGAUAAUUAUGGGGUACC